AUGGAAUUUUCAGGCAAACUCGAUACGUUUCUUGGCCUUGGAGGACGUUAUGCAAAAUUUCAAGCGAGGAACCGCGAGUUGGGGAACGUUUGGAGAAUUGCUGGUACGCAUACUUGUCCCUCAAUGCACCCACUGCUAAUUCUGCCAGGAUCGGCUGUUAAGGCUUCUGUCGCCGCAAACAAAUUAGCAAAAGCAGAACAGAGAAGAGAGAAGGCCGUAAGACAGCGCGAAGAUCGAAAGGGCGAAUCUUUUAAAGGAAAAAAAGAUGGAUCGCCCUCGGAAGGAUUCAAGGCUCAGACCUCCCCAACAGCUGAAACCGCCUCUACUUCUGCUGAGCCAGAGGCCGCCGAGAAGCAGUGCGACGAGGACGGCGAAGAAUAUCCCCAGACAUCAGAAGAAGAGCAGAAGGCAAAUUUGGAGGUGAGAGAAACAUUGAUGGUGUUCAUGGAUGUGGAUGGUUUUCGUCAGGGUGCGAAGCACCUACAGGAGACGAUGCCACUGAUAUUGGAGACAAUGUUGAAUGUUUGCGUCGUGGAUAUCGAGGCAACUGUCAGACAGGUUGCUAAGAAAGUUUUGAAAGAUCUUGACACGCCUAUUGAAAUAAGACGCCAACGCGCUGAGGGGUUGAUUGAGCUCGGAAAGAUUUUCCAACAUGAAGCUGAGGUGUUCAAAAAAGAUCACAAGGACCGCAAGAUUGAUGUCUUCAAACACAUGGAAGACGUGUUCAUCAGAGCUGCUCAAGAGCGUGAUCGCGAGGCCCACAAAGAUGAAAGCCCCACACCAAGUUGA